UCCACUGCACGAUAAAUACACGAACUGUCAAAACAAAUGUCAAACGAGUAGACAUCCGGCCAUCUUCCUUUCUUUUUUUUGUAUCUUACAAGAUGGCUCGAGGUCCAAAGAAACAUUUGAAGCGUUUAGCAGCCCCAAAGGCAUGGAUGUUGGACAAAUUGGGGGGUGUAUUUGCACCUCGUCCAUCAAGCGGCCCACAUAAACUAAGAGAAUCUUUGCCCUUGAUGAUUUUCUUGAGAAAUCGUCUAAAGUAUGCACUUAAUGGCGCUGAAGUGACAAAAAUUCUUAUGCAGCGUCUUAUCAAAGUUGACGGUAAAGUACGUACCGAUCCAACUUAUCCAGCCGGUUUCAUGGAUGUUAUUACUAUCGAAAAAACUGGUGAAUUCUUCCGUUUGGUAUAUGAUGUUAAAGGACGUUUUACCAUUCAUCGUAUCUCUAACGAAGAAUCAAAGUACAAAUUGUGCAAAGUAAGGAAGACACAAUUGGGAGCUAAAGGUGUUCCAUUCGUUGUUACACACGACGGUCGUACCAUCCGUUACCCCGAUCCUUUGAUCAAGGCCAACGAUACUGUUCAAGUUGAUAUUGCAAGUGGCAAAAUUACUGAUAUCAUCAAGUUUGAUUCCGGUAAUUUGUGCAUGAUUACUGGAGGUAGAAAUUUAGGUCGUGUCGGUUCAGUUGUGAACCGUGAAAGACAUCCAGGUUCUUUCGAUAUUGUACAUGUUAAAGAUUUGAAUGGACACGUUUUUGCCACCAGAUUGAGCAACGUUUUCAUAAUUGGCAAGGGUCACAAGCCCUACAUUUCUUUGCCAAAGGGCAAGGGUGUCAAAUUAAGUAUUGCCGAAGAACGUGACAGGCGUUUAGCAGCAAAAACCCACUAAAUGUUUUAUAUGAAAACAAUUAAAUUUUAAAGAAAUAAAAAUUAAAAAACUGUAAUAAUAA